CGGCUGGAGAAUAUUUGAAUUGCAGAGGCAUAAGUUUUUUGUUUUUAAAAUGCUUGUAAAAUUUGAAUUGAAAUAAAUUGUGAAAAAUCAUUAAAAAGUGUAUUGUUUGAUCAUUUUGCCAUGAAUAAUUCGUUUCAACAGAAGAGAAUUAACUUAAUACCUCCAGAGAAAGGCUCAUUUCCUCUUGAUCACGAAUCUGCAUGCAAAAAAUAUAUGCUUUUUUAUAUGCAAUGUUUAAGAGAGAAUAAAGACAAUAUUAGUGCAUGUAAGCAACAAUCUAAAGACUAUCUAGCUUGUCGUAUGGAAAAUAACUUGAUGGCUGAAGAAAGUUGGGAAAAAUUGGGUUUUAAAAGUGACGAGAAAGAGAUUAAAAAUUAGAAAAACAAAAAAGUUAUGUUUACACAGCAAAAAAUGAUGAUGGCAAAGUCCAAGAAUAUCUUAAUUGGAUGCACUGGAUCUGUUGCAGCUAUUAAAUUACCAAAUAUUAUCAGUGAACUCAAAUCAAAGGAUCCUUCAGUUAAUAUAAGAGUAGUUUUAACGAGUAAAGCACUUCAGUUUGUUUCCAAAGAAGACAUUGCAGCAGAAGUUUUCCUGGACGAACAUGAAUGGACAAUGUGGAAGAAGCGAGGUGAUCCAGUGCUGCAUAUAGAUUUAGUGAAAUGGGCAGAUAUAUUCGUCAUUGCACCAUUGGAUGCUAAUACAUUAGGCAAAAUAAGCUCAGGAAUAUGUGAUAACUUGCUUACAUGUGUAGCACGAGCAUGGGAUUUAGAAAAGCCACUAGUAUUCUGUCCAGCGAUGAAUACAAAGAUGUUUUUGCAUCCAAUAACUCGUAAGCAGAUUGAGGAACUUAAAGAUUAUGGAUAUAUCGAGAUAAGACCGAUUUCAAAGACACUGAUGUGCGGCGAUACGGGAAUGGGUGCUAUGGCUGAAUAUACAACUGUUGUAGAUAUCACUUUUGCACAUUUAAAUUCAGUAAAGUUCGAAAGACAAUGAUAAUUUGUCGAUUACUUGGAUAUAGGAGAGGUUUUUUGGUACACAUACUUUAUGGAAUAGUGAAAUAAAAUUAUAUAGAUGGAAA